AUGACCUCAUUAGAGACUAUACAGACAUCAAUAAGUGAACUUAAAUCAUCCUCUUCAAAGUUUGACACUGAUGUGAAAAAGAUUAGAAAUGAUUUUGGACAGCUUGAAACUAAUGUGAGCGCAUUAGGUAAUGUGUUUGACUCGGUGAAAGAAACAGCAGACAAAAAUAAAAAGACCGUUGAUUAUGUCAAGAAAAACCUGGACGAGUAUACAGUUACUCAGAAAACAUUAGAAGAAAAAUUGACAUCAGAUGUCCAAGCGUUAAAAGAAGCCAAGGAAAGACUAGAAGAAUCUGUGACGGAUCUCAAAGCCAGAUCAAUGCGGGAUAACUUGGUAUUCUCAGGGAUCCCAGAGGACCAGGAUGAGGAUACAGAGGCUGUGAUUCAGAACCUAAUGCGUCGGAGAUUCAGGCUUGAUUAUGACAUUCCUUUCGAGCGAGUGCACAGAAUGGGCAGAGCAAAUGAAUUCAGCGAGUGGCCUAGAAAUAUAGUAGCCAAAUUUACCUACUAUAAGGAUAGGGAGUACAUCCGUCAAAACGCAGCCAGAAGAUUACAUGGAACGAAUGUGUAG